AAGGCCAAAAGUGGCUCGACGGGAAGCGUGCUUGUUUUGGUUCCGAAAAACACUGAGAGUGAUUGACAACUGAGCUCAUUCACGACGCUUUUGAUUGGUUCACAUGUCACGAAAUGGGGGUGGCCUCUCUAUGAAGCGAAUUUGUAAACAUAAGCUGUUCCGUUUAGUAAACGUCGACCCUUUGCAGAAUAUAAUUAUACAAAAUGCAUUUUGUUUAAACAAGAAAGACAACAAAAGAGAAUAAUGUGUACAGGAAUGGCAGUGGUAUAGAAUGAAAAUCAUGUUCUAGUUAGCAAUCGUAAAGUAUAUUUCAACCCCCAUGUUUGACUAAUUAUGCCUAAAAUCCAAUUGACAAAUAGAACCUUACCAUGACGUCAUCACUUUAUGUGUACGUACACAGUUCUUCUUCCAUAAUUUUCCUGGACACGGAGUACCCCUUCACAUAAACCCCCGUUGUUUUGACUGGUGCGUUUGAUUAUUCAAAAUGGGGGCUUUAAAUAGUCGAAGAGAGGCCAGGGUGGAAGAGGUGGACAUGCCGACUAAUAAUGCCUACAAAUACCCACCAAAAGUUGGUAACUACUUUGGUAGUCAUUUCAUCAUGGGAGGGGAACGCUUUGAUGUAAUGCAACCAGAAGCAUAUCUGUUUGGAGAAAGUACUGAUUUGAACUUUCUCGGAAGUAAACCUAUACCAUUUCCCUAUCCUGCUCCUCAACCAGGAGAGCCAACAAAGACCCUUCGCAGCUUGGUCAACAUAAGAAAAGAUUCCUUGAGAUUGAUAAGAGUGACUGAGGAUGGUGUGGAAGCCUCCGAGAAAGGCUCUAUAGGUGGUUCAUCAGCCCCCAGUUUAGCUGAAGGGAGUGAUGGAAGAAAAGAAGACAGCACAAACAGUGAGGAGUGUGCUGGCAGUCCAAAAUAUAACAUUGAGUUCACUUUUGAUUCUGAUGUGAAAUGUGCAGUUACAGUCUAUCAUUUUGCCACUGAGGAAAUCACUAAUGGACAGGCUGUAUACUAUCCCAGGGAUCCUAGUAUGAACUCUGAAACCUUCCACUAUAAACGUGGUGCCAACCAAGUCUUCAGUCAAUCCACACACAUUAUACAGCCCAGUGCAUUCCCAGAGGAGGAUUGGCAGUAUGUCCCAGAGAAGGAUAUCAUACCUAUUGUUAUACACUGUGUGGUUGAAGAUGAAGAUCACAUUGGUCAUGCCCAUGUCACAUUUGCUGUGCUUGAGAAGACGUGUGAUGGUUAUGUCAUCAAGACUCUGAAACAGAAACAAAUGGUGGACGGAUUGUGCUAUCUGCUUCAGGAAAUCUAUGGCAUUGAGAACAAAACAACUCGCUCAAAGCUUGAGACUGAAGAGGAAGACUGGGAGGACAACGGGUCUGAGUGUGUCAUUUGUAUGUCUGACAUGAGGGACACCCUGAUCCUGCCCUGUCGUCAUUUGUGUCUGUGUAAUAAUUGUGCUGAUUCUCUGCGCUACCAAGCCAAUAACUGUCCCAUUUGCAGGGCUCCUUUCCGAGCCUUGCUGCAAAUAAGAGCAUUAAGGAAGAAACAUUCCGGUUGUCAUGCACAGAGCCAGGAAUCGGAGGAAUUCCCUGUGAGCCAAGAAGGUGUUCCCCCUGGUUAUGAGGCCAUCAAUUUAUUAGAAGCUCUUAAUGGCCCCUUGAAUGGCCCCAUUGUAUCUACAGAAGAGCCUGGGAGCACCAUGGGAGCCACAGCAGGUAAACUGUGUUAGCUGGGGCACAACUAGAGCAGUCUAUGCAUUCCAUACUAAUGUGAUUGUGUUUGCUGGGCUCACUUCUAAUGGCACAACUAAAGCAUUCCUACAGCAUCGGGCUUAUUG